AUGAACCGUAGCACUGUCCAGUAUGGUGGUUCGGUUAUAGAAGAGCUUGUUGAUAUCAGCUCUCCCAAAACCUUUUGGUCUCUCAUAGAUGUUGAACUUGUUCAAAUUGACUUUAUUGAGAGUUAUGGUAAUUUCUAUUUCCACACGACAAACAGCGACGUUGCCUUUGAAUUUUAUAUCAAAGAAAUCAUCAAUCUCGGAGACUUCCAUAUUAAUACUAAAAUGAAUUCCCAAUAUGGGAAUGUUUUUACCUUUGACACCAUUUUGAAUUUAAGUCUUAUGGCCUUCACCAAUACAAUUCCUGAACCUCUCAUGUCCAGGACAGGUACAAAUACUAAUGAUUCGAAACUGGAAAGGCUGGUUACUAGAGCAAAUGCUCCAUACCGGAUAGACGUCAAUACACAUGUUGAGAAUUGGGCAGUCAUUCAAGUCAGACUGUUUGAUUUAACACUUUGGGGAGAAAAUACUGACGGACUUGGUUGUUUCAUACUCCAAAAUUGCGACUUCGAAAUAUCGGAGUUACAUAGAUACUUCUAUACUACUGUAUGUCUUCUUGAAUAUUCUACCAUCAUUAUGAACCAUCCACUUGAUCCAAAUGAAGCAAUAAUCAUUAAAGGUUUUGGAGGGGAGACUCGGCUGAUCAGCGUAUAUAUUCCAAGCAAGUCUGAUUCAACCCUGAUAAGUUAUAUCAAAGAUAUACUCCAGGUAGAAGGUGGCGGGUGGAAAUAUUUGUUUAAUAUUGGUCCAGGAUAUGAUGUUAAAUCGUUCCAUACUUCUAUUUCCGGUGAUAAUUUUGUUAUUAGGCAUGAUUUUGUUCCGCCAGAUUCUCAAUGUUAUUGUAUGCUAAUGGACUAUCCUGACGAAGCUCCAACUGAAAUUCCUGAAUAUAAUUCAACUGAAACAUCGGCAAUGGAGUCUACUAUUAUCAAGAGCUUAGAACUGGUAAUUUCCACUGAGCUAGAUCCGGGCUUAACAAGUAGCUCUGAUCAAGAAAUCACGACUGGGUUAGAAUUAACAAGAAGCUCAGCGCUGGGAUCCACGGCAGAGAUAGUACCAGAUUUGACAAGUAGUUGGGAACACGAAACUUCAAAUGACUUAGGAGAAAGUUUAACAACUAUCUCAAAUCAGGAAUCCACGAGUGUCUUAGAACCAGAGUUAUCAACUAGUUCAGUACAAGGAAGCUCGAGUGAGUUAGUGCCAGAGUUAACAAGUAGCUCACAACAGGAUGCCUCAACUGAGUUAGAGCCAGUUCUUUCAAGUAGCUUAAAUCAAGAUUCCUCUACUGCUUUAGAACCAAAUUUGACAAGCACUUCAAAUCAAGAAAACUCAAGUGCGUCAGAGUUAGUAUAUUCUGAUGGUUCUAGCACUACGCCAGGUCCGGAAUCAUUACUGGAUUUACCACAGGAAUCAUCAUCGCUUGAAAUUGUUAUAUCAUGGACUGAUACUUUGAUACCAGAACAAUCAAGUAGCUCACAACAGAAUGCCUCAACUGAGUUAGAGCCAGUUCUUUCAAGUAGCUUAAAUCAAGAUUCCUCUACUGCUUUAGAACCAAAUUUGACAAGCACUUCAAAUCAAGAAAACUCAAGUGCGUCAGAGUUAGUAUAUUCUGAUGGUUCUAGCACUACGCCAGGUCCGGAAUCAUUACUGGAUUUACCACAGGAAUCAUCAUCGCUUGAAAUUGUUAUAUCAUGGACUGAUACUUUGAUACCAGAACAAUCCAUUGGGAUUGAUCAAACUAGCAGCACAGACUUUGCAGACAUUACCAGUCAAGAUUCACAACCCCCACAAGAAUCUACAUCAGAACCGGCUCAUGAAUAUUCUUCAGAUUUGAAACCAGAAUCAAAUACAGAAGUCACUUUGUACUCCAAGCCAAAGUCUGACUUUGAACCAGGUACUACUUCAACUUCAAAUGCUUCUACUGAGGAUAACUCCACUCCAAAUGGUAGUAGCGCUUCAAUCAGUAGAAUCACAACGACAGAAACCUCAAUUACCUUGAUUACUGUUACAAUAUAUCCAACAAAACCAAAUGCAAGUAAGACAAUCACCGAUACUGGUAUUGGUAUGCUGAGUUCAGAAAUGACAAUUCUUGACCUGACACUGACGGCUAGUGGUAAAAUUCUGGUUGUUAUAUCAACUUUUACUUUUAUAACUACAAAGCAACUCCCAGACACUGAAGCACAAGCUACACCAAGAUCAUUUGUAUCGGAUUCUGCUAAUCUUAUCUCAACCACUAUUACUACUGAAUCUUCAGGAUCUGCUAAAACUGGAGCGAUUGAUGAAACUGUUUCUACUAGAAGACGUCCCAAGUCAUCAAUGUUGAAUGACGUAAGCACAUCAAACAGUGGAAUAAUGACAAGAAUUUCUAUUUCUUCUGUUAAGUCUGAUCCUUCCACAACAACUACUGCAAAAGAGGUGAGACCAGUUUCAAUGAUAUUACCUACAACAACUGGCCAAAACGGUGAAACAGAGAACAGCAUUGGAACAGUUUCCACCAUGGCGGUAGCUUCCGAUAUUCCAGAUGUGAGUCCUGUCGUUGAUAUUCAAUCAGACGGAUCAGUGAAUGUAUGGCAUGGAAUUGCUAUCUGGAGAAUUAUAACAUUGGUGGCAUACCUUAUCAUUGAUAGAGAAACUGUUCAAAUAGGGGGGCAAGUUUAUGAUGAAGAUUACGUUCGUGCAAGCGAAGGGUUUUGGUCUCUCAUUGACGUUGAGUUAUUUGAUAUUCAACGAAUUGAUAACUAUGUAGAUGUUUAUUUCUACACCACAGCACCCCUUCUCGAUUUUGAAUUUAGAAUGGAGGAUAUUAUCAAUCUUGGUAAUUUCCAUAUCAAUACCCACAACACCCAUACUGAUAAUAUAUUUUAUCUUCCCAAUGUUGUAAAUUCCGGAGUUUUCACCAUUUGGAGUUCUGCAGUUUCGAAUUCAACUGUGUUAGGGUUAAACCUUAUAAACCGGCGGGGAGGAGAAAUAGCAUAUAUGGUUGAAAAUGGCUAUGGUGAAUGGUUAACAUCUGGCAAUGUAGAAAAUCAUAGUGUCAUUUCACUCAAGCGGGUUAAUUAUAUUGGUCGUGGAAAUUUGACCCACGGUAUGGGAUGUUUCAUCCUUGAAGAGUCCUCAUUUACCUUACCUGAACUCCAUAAAUACGUCCAUUCUACUUUAUGUCUUAGUUACGGUAAUACCAUACAUUCAAGAUUUCCACUUCUGGAACCAAUGAUAAUAAGAGGGUUUGGGGGAGUGAGCAACGUUAUAAGGGUCCUGGUUCCAGAUCCUGAAACAAUACUUGUCUCAUAUGAAGAUUCUCAAUUCCUCAAAAUAGAUGGAGGAGAAGGCUUUAUGUAUAAUUUUGAUAUUGGUCCGGGAUACAAUAAAGAGUAUUUUAUAACUGGCCAAUAUGAUGACAAUAAUAUUGAAGUUUUUUAUGAGAAUGCGGUAACAAACCUUUGUCCUUGUUAUGGAGAUAUUGAAAUUCCUGUGAAUCCCCCAAAAGAAGGAUCAACCGAGGCUAGUACGAUUGAGAAAGAAACAUCUUCAAUCCAACCUUCCACUACUUCAGAACAGAAUCCAACGAGCAGUGAACAACUGGAAACUGGAACUACCUUGGAAGCAGACUCCAGUUUCUAUAACAGCGUCACUACAGGUCAAGAACAAUCACUGGAUCCUCCUUAUUGGUCAUCAUCUGGCUUUGUAACUACUACCCCUGAAGAGGCAACUGGUUCAUUAACACUAGUGCCAUCAGACUUCCCUGAGGAACCUAGCUCAGAACAAGAAGCACCAACCAGGUCCAAUUUAGUCGAAACUCAAGAUUCUAUUCAACAUUCUACUCAAGAUUAUACUCAAUAUUCAAAAGAAGAACUUUAUAGUACCAUGCAGGAUUCGCUAUCUGGUUCAUUACAAGAGCAGACCUUUGAAUCAUCAGAGUCAUCGACAGGGUUAUCGACCGAGCCAUCAAAAGAGACAUCAACGGAGCCAUCAAUUGAGUCAUCAUCUGAGUCGUUAUCAGACUCUUCAUCUGAGUCAUCAUCAGAAUUAUCAUCAGAUUCAGAGCAAUUAUCACAUACAAGUCAACUCUACCUAACUUCAAGUUCAACCAGCGAUCCUUCAUCUGAAGAAUCUUAUGAAUCUUCCGAUUUUCUCACUUCUACAACAGAAAUGUCAACUGAUACAAUUCCAGGUUCGUCAGAUUUGUCGAAGGAAACUUAUAGCACAAUACAAGAGCUAACCACUAGCUCCAAUUUAUUUUCUACACGGGAAUACUCUUCUGACACAAUACAAGACUGGACUUCACAUUCAAUCUACGACUCUAGCUUUGAUCCAUCAACAGACUUAGCUUCGGAAUCAUUUUCAGAACAGUCAUCAGAUGUCAGUUCAAAAACUUUACUGACUCUUGCUACAAAUCCAACUACUGAAUCGUUGUUAUCAGAAUCAUCUGAUUUGGUGAGUCAUUCCCCUCGAACAUCCACAGAUCCAUUGUUGACACUGGAAUCAGUUUUGCCUGAGGACUUCAGUAGCACAAUACAUGAGACACCCACAGGUUCCAAUUUGUUUUCUACUCCAGGUGCAAUCCUUGAUCCGCCUUCUGGUGUUUAUUCAGAAUAUCCUCCAGAGACAUUUUCAGAAAAUAUCCCAGAUUCUAUGCUUACAGAGCGAGACAGUUCUGAAUCAACCACUACUUCAUCUUUCAUCAUAGACCCAGUUACGACUUCUGAUCCUGAAUACACCACAGAUCCAGAAUCUGUCACCUACUCGGAAUCCGAGACAAAAAUGGAACAAGCUUCUGUUAGUCAUGGUCCAGAAUCCAAGUUAAAUCUGCAAGAUCUUGUAGAUACCAAUUCAACCAGGGAUCCAAACAUGAGUCCAACUUCUGGUCCUGCCUCAAACACCCAAACAUCUGAUGCAAUGGAAUGGUCCAUCCAAUCUACCCUGAAAUCUAAGUCAAUCACUCUGGAUGUGUUUACCACCCAAGGCACUGAAGCUUCAUCCCGCAUAAUCACAGUUACGGAAACAAUCUUGACUCGGAUUACUAUUACAGUAAUCCCUACCGAGACAAUGCACAGUCGUGUUACACCAAUACCAGGUGGAAGUAAUGUAUCGUCUAAGAAAGUGGAGACCUCAGAUCCCUCUACCCUGAACUACAUUAAUGAUGUAGUUGUGGUCGUUUCUACUAUUACUUUUAUCACUACAAAACAUGUGAGUGAACCCAAUUCUGAAACUAAUGCAGUGUUUAGAACUGUAACUACAACUAUUGAUGGUGUUCUUACAACUGUCAUGGAAACGCCGUUUGCAACUAUUGAAAAUCCUACUGGAUCUCCUCAGACUGCAGUCGUGACAACUGGUUCAAUACCUGAAGAGGAGAAACUUCCAAUACCAGCCGAAACAAGCAUCAUGACAAUCAAUGGCUUUGUAACAACUAUUCAACCUUCAGCUGUUCAAUAUACUCCUCAUAUUACUGCUGGUCAAGAGGAAGGUGGUUUCCAAAGUGGUGAGUUGUUUGAAACAAUUCAAACAGUUCCAGUUACAACCGAAAUUUCUGGAGUUUCGGAUGUUAGUGCUACCGUUGAUAUCAAUUCUAACGGAUCCGACAAUAACUUAAUACGUCAAAGCGAUAAACCAUCCAAUUUGAUAUCUUGGUCAAAGAAUGGAUUUAUUGCUUAUGUACCAUCAACAAGCAAUAUUUCAAAUGCCACAACAUCCAAAGAAAACUUAUUAUUGACAUAUCUUGAGAAUAUCGAUGGUAAAUCAUGGCAAUUGGCAAAACCACAACUGAUCAGCAUAAAGCUAGAGAAUAAUUUCUUGCCAGAAUUGACCCUUGUAUCAUGGAGUUCUUUAAGUACUGAUUUAGCCAUUUCUGAUGUUUAUGGAAAUUUUUAUGUCUUAUUGGCUGGUGUUGGUUUAUUAGAACAAAAGGAAAAUAGAUCGACUCCUUCUGGUACUGCUAGUACUAGUACUACUACUAUUAGUGAAAAUGGCAUUGAUCGUAGGACUCCAGCAAAUGACAAUUCACCAAGUUAUGAGUUGACUUCUUAUAAUCACAUGGAAAUGAUUUAUCGUGAUAUAAUCAAUCAAGGUGCAAAAUUCCCUAUUAAUAAACGAGCUUCAAUCAUUAGUUUUAAAUGGCUCACUAUAGAAAAACCACAAAUCUUAAACAAGCCAGCAACGUUAAUGGAUUUAGGACCAUCCAAUAUCACCACCAACACAUCAAUGAAUGGACGACCCCCAAAUCCUCAAUUUGCAUAUAAUUACACAGUAUCUCAAUAUACGUCCCAUGGUGUCUCCCAUCCCAUCCCAACAAAACAAGCUUGUGUGGCCCUUAGACAAAAUGGUCAAUUCAUGUUAUAUUUCCAAGGAGAACAUAAAGUCGAAUAUCAUAAAAUAUCUCUCUUCUUAAAUGAGACACUAUCAAUAAUAACCCAUGCUUCGAUUGGAUUCACUAAUGAUAAACAAAUAAUAAUCACCACUUUGGAUUCAAUGACAAAUAAAAUCACAUCCUAUUCUGUGAUUAUUGAUUGGGGAUUCUUGGUGGAGUCAGCUAAAAGACAAAAACUCGAUCCACAUUAUCAUACACCAAAGGAAGCACAAAAGGCACCCAGGUUAAUCUUACUGAAGAUUCAAGAAAUGAAACCAAUUCCGUUGUUUGUUGAUAAUAAGGAAGUGGCCAAUGGGAAUGAGAAUGCCAAUGGAGAUUCCAUGAUGGAUAUUGAUGGAGAAGGGAAUAAUAACACUGAAAGGAAACUGAUUUCGUAUCAACUUGGAAAAAUUGCUUCAAUUGAUGUGAUAUCCGCUAAUGCUGAUAAAGAUUCGAAAUUGAGUAUAUUGAUAAGUUAUAUCUUUCGAAAUGAUGAAGAAGUGGUGAAUACUGUGAUUUAUAAGUAUAAUCUUGUUGAGAAACUGGAUUUUGUUUCUGAUGCAUUUAUAGAUUUAGGAAUAAGAAAGAACGUAUCCACAGGAAACAGCAACAAGCGUGCACAAGCUUUGGUAUUAACUGGAAAGAUAACUCUCCCAGGUGAAAUCCAAUCCAUAACUACAGGAUUGGCAGAUUUUUACAUCAUGGCAUUUUUUAAGAAUGGAGAUAUUACCGUUAUUGACGCCACGACUUGGAAAGUCGUUAACAACUCCGCAUCAUCCCCAACAACAACCUCGCCACCACAAACAAUAUCCACCAUAUUCGAUGUCGGAUUCUCAUUCCCAAAAAUAAAUCCCACCCAUCCAUUCACAUUAGCUGUCUCCCCAAACAUGACGUCCAUCGCCUAUAUCGAAUUCUAUGAGAACAACAUCAACCUAUCCUUCAAAGCUGUCGAAAAGACCAGAAACCUCGGACUUCAAUCACGAGAACUCUUUGCCAUUUCUGCUGGAUUCGCCUACAGACACGCAUAUGCCUGUUAUACCAACACUUGUUCGGAUGAUUUGUUGAUCCUUAUCCAAAAAGAACUCAUUCGUAUCAAGACCCAAUUGCUUGAACAUAUGGGCAAGGCAAAACAAGAAGCUAUUGAUGGUAUACUUGGCAAUUUCAUCGAAUCAAUAAUCGGUGAAGCUCAUAAGGCGAUAAAUUUCCAAUUGGAUGGGUUUAGUAAAGAAAAUAUCGACAAAUUAUUAUCCAAUCCUCCAUUACAAAAACUAUUGAGUUUGCAAUUGAGUUUGGGUGAAUCCCAUCAGAAUUCAGUAAAUAGUCGGGUUAUGAGUGAUAUUGCGUGGAUUGUGUUGAAUUUAAGAAGUUCUAGUGUUGGAAUCAUGUUUUCAUUGUCGAGUAUCUAUAGACAGAUAAGCAAGAAAAAACCUGCCGAGGAUAGUUUACAAGAUUCAAUCACAAGAGGAGAAUGUAUAAUUUCAUUAAUUGGUAACGUGAAAUGGUUAAUUGAUUUAAUGGCAUACUUAAACCAAGAAUUACUCCAAUUAUCCCUCUACAAAGACAACACCAACCCAUCAAGUAAACUCACCAAGAAAAAUUCAAUCGUCCUUCCAAUAAUCCUAAGUAAAGUACCAAGAUUAUUUCUAAUUCUAUUCGAAACCUACCUCCGUGAAUGCGACGCACUUAUCACCAAAGAACUAUCUACUCGUCUAUUGGGGAAGGAAAAAGGGUAUGCACUCAAAUUGGAACAGAAAUUAUUUAUAAAGGGGGAGAUUGUGGCUGAAAUGGAGGAGAUUUCUCAGAUGGUGAUUGACCGAUAUGCGGCAAAUAUUGGCAGGGAGUUGAAGGUUUCGGAAUUGUUUUUUUAUAAAACAGAUUGGUUGGAUAUUGGCAUAAACCGAAAACAGCAAGCCAUUGUUAAUAAUACGGAUGUGAUUAUGGAAGAUGGGCAUAAGAUCGUGGUGCCGAGAUUACGACUGAGUUCGAAGCGGGAAUGUAUUGAUGCGUUGAGAAAGGUUAUGAUUGGAUUAGAUGGUCAGAAUACUAAGAAAUCAUCGACGGGUGGUGGGAGUGGAAGUAGUACAGCUACGACUACGACUUCGAGACUUAGUCAAAAGAAUCUUAGGAAAUGUACGAGAUGUCGGGCUGUUUCAUUAGUGUCUGAUCCUUUGGUAUUUGAAACCCCGACGACUUUGGGUUUAUGGACAAUGGUAUUUCAAAGAACUUGUAUUUGUGGAAACACUUGGGUAAAUGUAGAUGUAUAG